ACAAUAGAAGCUAGCCUGAUUGAAGAAAUUUGUCAAUGAUUGUACAUUAUAUUGGAAGUAGAACCUGGAGUUAAGAUUUUCCCACUUUAAGCAAUUUUGAUGGCAGAAAAAAGAAGAUCCUACAGUGUAGGGGAAGCAAUGGAGGAACUCAUGGGACCUAGUGGACAAAAAUGGGCCCAUAUGGAUCCAGAAGAACGAAUGUUAGCAGCUGCUACAGCUUUCAGCCAGAUCUGUGCAGGGCAGGGUGAGGGAGAUAUCAGGAGAGAAGCCCAGUCUACCCAAUACGAUCCCUACAGCAAAGCUUCAGUAACUCCAGGAAAGCGACAUGCUCUUCCUGUGCAACUGCAGUGUCCACAUGCAAAAAGUACUGUCACUUCAGAAUCGGUCUCUGAGGCCUCCCACAGGCUCCGAAAGCCAGUGAUGAAGAGAAAGGUGCUGCGUAGGAAGCCAGGUGGGGAAGUAUUAGUGACAGAUGAGUCCGUUAUCAGUGAAUCAGAGUCUGGUACAGAAAGUGAUAUGGAUCUCUGGGACUUAAGACAAAGGUUGAUGAACCUUCAGUUCCAGAAAGACAGGGAGUCCCCUGUUGAUAUUUCAGAAAAACUUAAUCUACCACAUGAAUACCAAGAAAUUUCUCAAGAUCAGUCCAUUUGCUAUCUACAAAGAGAAGGAAUGAGCCCUCCAGCUUAUGAACAAGACCUGAUUGUUGCCAGCCGACCCAAGUCCUUUAUUCUUCCAAGGCUGGACCAGUUAAGCCGAAACCGGGGCAAGAUAGACCGUGUAGCCCGCUAUUUUGAGUAUAAACGAGACUGGGACUCUAUGCGGUUACCUGGUGAAGAUCAUAGGAAGGAAUUACGCUGGGGUGUCCGAGAGCAGAUGCUUUGUCGAGCAGAACCCCAAUCCAAGCCUCAGCACAUAUAUGUUCCAAACAAUUACCUAGUACCAACUGAGAAGAAAAGAUCUGCCCUUAUUUGGGGUAUUCGUUGUGACCUUGCAAAUGGCAUCAUGCCCAGGAAACUUCCCUUUCCUCUUUCUCCUUCUUAGGUCUUUUGUUUGUUUUUUAACCGUUCUCUCCUUUCCCAGGAUGUUUGGGAUAACAACCUGGUACUUAUAUCUUUCUUUUUAUUUAAAUAGAACAACUGACUUGAAAGCCCAUGGUACUUUAUAGAGUAAGGACUGCACCCAUCAUUGGUUUUUCCUAGGUACAUAUCACAUGCCACUUAACUCUCAAAUCCAGCAAAGCAAGAGACAUCAUGCCGCAGGAAGAAAAACACACCUGGUCUUUCUGCUUGUCAGAUUAGUAAGCAAAGUCAGCUAGCACUGUUUUCUGUUCUAGAUUUUUUACCUUUGGCCAAUGUGAGUUGCUGUUUUUAUUAGUGUGUUUUUAAAGUUCCUGGGUGUUAAGCUUAUCCAUUAAAGAAUUUUGGAAAUUUGUGGACUUGCCAUUAUUUUUACUUAAAUACUUCCCAAAGUAAGAUGAUCUCAAACCUUUCAUUUGUGCUCCCAUCAUACUUUCACUGUCAGCUAACAAGAGCCAAAGGGAAGGAACAAAAACUGCCCUUUAUGCACA